GGAGGAGAAAUACCAGUAGAGGCGGCAGAGGCUCAACGGCAUGGUGACUGGGCUUUGCCUCUCUUUCCAGCGUUGUGGGGCCAGGGCAGAAGACUCCGCUGGGACCCUUCUCCCUCUUGCCUCUUCGGAAUGAGGCCUCAGCGCCAGCGCGGGACGGUCCCCGUUCUCCCCCGAGAGAGCCCAAGGAGAGGCCGAAGCCGAGACGAUGCCCGGGAAGCUGAAGGUGAAAAUCGUGGCCGGGCGCCAUUUGCCAGUGAUGGACCGUGCUAGUGACCUGACUGAUGCCUUCGUGGAGGUAAAGUUUGGUAAUACCACCUUUAAGACAGAUGUGUACCUCAAGUCACUCAACCCCCAGUGGAAUUCAGAAUGGUUUAAAUUUGAGGUGGAUGAUGAAGACCUACAAGACGAGCCUCUGCAGAUCACAGUGCUCGACCACGACACGUACAGUGCCAAUGACGCCAUUGGCAAAGUGUACAUCGACAUCGACCCUUUACUGUACAGUGAAGCUGCCACAGUCAUCUCGGGAUGGUUUCCCAUUUACGACACUAUACAUGGUAUCCGUGGGGAAAUCAAUGUAGUUGUCAAAGUAGAUCUCUUCAAUGAUUUAAAUCGCUUUAGACAGUCAUCAUGUGGAGUCAAAUUCUUUUGCACAACAUCUAUUCCAAAGUGCUAUAGAGCUGUGAUAAUUCAUGGAUUUGUAGAAGAACUUGUUGUCAAUGAAGACCCAGAGUAUCAGUGGAUUGAUCGAAUUCGCACACCAAGGGCAUCAAAUGAGGCCAGACAGAGACUCAUUUCUUUAAUGUCAGGUGAAUUACAAAGGAAGAUUGGUUUGAAAGUCCUUGAAAUGAGAGGAAAUGCGGUGGUUGGGUACUUACAGUGUUUUGAUCUGGAGGGCGAGUCUGGGUUAGUGGUGCGAGCCAUAGGAACAGCGUGCACUCUGGAUAAAUUAAGUAGCCCAGCAGCAUUCCUUCCUGCAUGUAAUUCCCCAUCCAAAGAAAUGAAGGAGAUUCCCUUCAAUGAAGAUCCCAAUCCCAAUACUCACUCAUCAGGACCCUCAACCCCUCUGAAAAACCAAACUUAUUCCUUUUCACCUUCCAAGUCCUACAGUCGACAGUCCUCUUCUUCUGACACAGAUUUGAGUUUGACACCCAAAACUGCAUCUUCCCCACAGGGACCUAGGAUUUACCUGUGUCCCAGCUCCCCCUCUCUGUCUUGUGGUUCCCUUCAUCUUAAAAAGUCCUGUCUCCUCCUCUCGGAAUCUAACCUUGCCCCUCAUCAGUCUAGCCUUGUCAGCCCAGUUCUGAGGAAAAGUGUUUCUUUCAGUGAAGAGCUGUUCCUGGCUGCUUCUGGAAUGGGAAGUGGUAGUGCUGGAAAAGAAGGGGGGCCAUUUAAAGCCCUUUUGAGGCAGCAGACUCAGUCGGCACUGGAGCAGAGGGGAGGAUCGCCUCAUAGGUUCUGUAGAAGGCGGGAGUUUCCAUUUUUUACCUUGACGGCAUUUCCUGCUGGAUUUCUUGUGCACGUUGGAGGUGUUGUUAGUGCACGUUCGGUGAAGCUUUUGGAUCGUAUCCACAAUCCAGCCUUUGUCGGAAUUAUGGGUAACACAAGAUCUUACAAACUACUAGACUGGAAUAGUUUCAAUUCAGAUGAACCAGAAACUCGAGAUGCGUGGUGGGCAGAGAUAAGACAAGAAAUAAAAUCACAUGCUAAAGCAUUAGGCUGUCAUGCGGUAGUGGGCUACAGUGAAUCAACUAGCAUCUGUGAAGAGGUCUGUAUUUUAUCUGCAUCCGGGACGGCGGCUGUACUGAACCCUCGAUUUCUGCAGGAGGGCACCGUGGAGGGCUGUUUGGAACAAAGGCUUGAAGAAAAUUUGCCUGCCGGCUGUGGAUUUUGCCAUAUACCAUAUGAUGAACUGAAUAUGCCAUUUCCAGCUCAUCUCACAUAUUGCUAUAACUGCAGGAAACAAAAAGUUCCUGAUGUUCUCUUUACAACUAUAGACCUCCCAACAGAUGCAGUCGUUAUUGGAAAAGGUUGUCUUAUUCAAGCAAGGUUGUGUCGCUUAAAAAAGAAGGCUCAAGCAGAAGCAAAUGCUACAGCUAUCAGUAAUCUCUUGCCAUUUAUGGAGUAUGAAGUGCACACUCAGCUAAUGAAUAAACUAAAACUCAAAGGAAUGAAUGCUUUGUUUGGGCUAAGAAUUCAGAUCACAGUGGGUGAAAAUAUGUUGAUGGGCUUAGCGUCUGCUACAGGGGUGUACUUGGCAGCUCUGCCCCCACCUGGUGGAAUUCAGAUUGCUGGGAAGACUCCAAGUGAUGGCACCUACGAACAGCACAUCUCUCACAUGCAGAAGAAGAUCAACGACACGAUUGCCAAGAACAAAGAGUUAUAUGAAAUCAAUCCUCCUGAGAUAUCUGAAGAGAUUAUAGGAUCACCCAUCCCUGAACCUAGACAACGGUCAAGACUUUUGCGAUCUCAGUCAGAGAGCUCUGAUGAAGUUACAGAAUUAGAUCUUUCACAUGGGAAAAAAGAUGCUUUCGUUUUGGAGAUUGAUGACACAGAUGCCAUGGAAGACGUGCACUCUCUGCUGACGGAUGUUCCCCCUCCUUCAGGCUUUUAUAGUUGCAAUACAGAAAUCAUGCCUGGUAUAAAUAAUUGGACAUCUGAAAUACAGAUGUUCACAUCAGUAAGAGUAAUCAGAUUAAGCAGCCUUAACCUGACUAAUCAAGCUCUCAAUAAGAACUUUAAUGAUCUCUGCGAAAAUUUGCUCAAGAGCCUGUAUUUUAAACUCCGGUCUAUGAUCCCCUGCUGUCUUUGCCAUGUAAAUUUUACAGUAUCUCUGCCUGAAGAUGAAUUAAUUCAGGUUACAGUCACAGCAGUUGCCAUAACUUUUGACAAAAAUCAGGCUUUACAGACCACAAAAACACAUGUUGAAAAGUCUUUGCAAAGAGCCUCCACAGAUAAUGAAGAACUUCUGCAGUUUCCACUGGAACUCUGUUCAGAUUCACUUCCUCCUCAUCCUUUUCCACCAUCUAAAGAACACCUGGAGAGUGCAAGUUCUAACUCAGGUAUACCAGCUGCACAGAGAGCAACGUCAGUUGAUUACAGUUCCUUUGCAGACAGAUGCAGCAGCUGGAUAGAGCUCAUUAAACUGAAAGCUCAGACCAUAAGGCGCGGAUCAAUUAAGACAACUGUGACGGUUGAAAAAGCAAGUCCAGUGGGAGAAGGAAAUUUCCGGAAUCGUUCUGCCCCACCUUGUGCAAACUCCACAGUUGGGGUUGUUAAGAUGACACCGCUUUCUUUCAUUCCUGGAGCAAAAAUAACUAAGUAUCUUGGGAUAAUUAACAUGUUUUUUAUUCGGGAAACCACUUCUCUUCGUGAGGAAGGAGGAGUCAGUGGAUUUCUCCAUGCUUUUAUUGCGGAGGUGUUUGCGAUGGUGAGAGCUCACGUCGCAGCCUUAGGAGGCAAUGCUGUUGUGUCCUACAUAAUGAAGCAGUGUGUUUUCAUGGAGAAUCCAAAUAAAAACCAGGCACAGUGUCUCAUAAAUGUAAGUGGUGAUGCAGUGGUUUUUGUUCGUGAAUCUGACUUAGAAGUGGUACCAUCUCAGCAACCCACUGCCAGCUGCCAGCCGUCAUGUACUGGAGGAGAAGUCACAACCUGAAGAGAAUCAGAAAGAGUGAGCUCAGCUGAAUGAAAUCCAUCUGUCUCCAUUGCUUUGUCGUUCGUUAGCUUUAUAGAAUUUUUUAAAAAUUGAAUUUAAUUUGAGGUAAAUAAGAAAGAGGGGAUACUUAUUGAAUAGAUGUGACUUGUCUGGAAUCUCUGGGAGGCAUGAGAGUUUCCUAAUCCUGACUUUUCCUUUUUGCCCAGUUCAGACAGGCCCAUGAAUCCUGACCUUUCCUUAAGUUCAGGUAGAGUUCUAAGAGAACGUAGCAAAGAUGUUGUGAGUCAUGGGUACUUUAUUCUGAUUUUAAUAAAACCGUAAUUUAAAAGCUAAAAUGGAAAGAUUAUCAGGAAAAAAGAGUGAUCCUAGUGUAUUUUGGAAAAACUAAGAAACUCAAAAGUUGCUGAGGAAUAAAUGGUCUGUUCAGAAAUGUGUGGGAACAGCAGGGAAAAGUUUUCGGAAAACCACCAUGUGAGUUUCCCGUGUGUUUUAUUUUGAUGAGGAAUUUGCUAACAACUGAAAAAGGAAAGUGCUUAAAUCAUUUUUUAAACAGAAGCUAAAAUUCUAUAACUUACAUCCCUAAGACACUCAGUAAUUUAUCGGAGUUGGUGUCCUUUCGUUGAAAGUUAUAAUAAUCUCCGUAAAGAAAGAGGGAGAAAUAGAAUUUCGUACUGGUGACACUUGAGUUGAUAUUUAAUCUGUCUAGAAGAGGCUAGGCUUAAACUGGGAAGAAAAUAUCAGUGCAUUUUCUUGAAGUAGUAAAAAUGCAGUAGGACCAUAAAAUUAUUUUCUAAUAAAAUUGUAUUAAAUUCCCCCUAAUUGAACAGAAUUUUACUAAGACCUUAGGGUUUUUCAGUGGUUAGAUUGUAUUUGGCAUAGGAUUUGGAAACAUGACUUGAAUGUAAAUAUGCUGCAAGUGUUGAAUGUACACCUAGAAAUACUUUCUCUGUCAAUGCCAAAUGCCUGUUGUAAAUGAACUUUAAAUAUUACAUUCCUCCUUUGCACAAUAAAAUUUCUUUAUAAAACCCAUGAUUUUUCUCCCCCAGGACAACAAAUUGCCCUGAAUAUUAAGAGUCAUUUUCUUGUUAUCACAGGUGUCAAUAUUUUUCUGUAUUUUGUUUAUAAUUUUAUUUUUUAAAUAAAAACUUUAUAGAAAUAUA